GGUAGUGAGGGAAAAGGGUGGACUCGGCCGCGCGGGAGGGACAAGUGUGUGAGAAGAAAAAGAAGGAGGAGGAAGAGAAAGGAGAAGAAGGAGAAGAGGAAGGAGAAAGUGAGGGGAUGCUUACCUGGCGUGUACCCUUUGGCCUGGUUUUGGUAUGCUUCACUUCGUGUCGGACCGCGUAGCUUCACGGGACGACUACAAUGACGACGACGACGAGGGGAGCGAGAGAGAAGAACAGGGGAGCCAAUUCCAGGCGACGAGGCAUUUCACGCAGACGAACUACUGCAAGGACGUCAGCGGCGAGGCUUUGUACAAGAUCGCGCGACGGAGUCAACAGAAGUUCGAGAGCGAUCAAAUGGAGAGGGUUGCCAGGUACGCGGCGGAGCGCGGACUCGAUGUGCCUGGCACGGGUGGUGUGAGGGGAGGAGAGGCGGGGCGGCAGCCCGUGGAGGGAGCGUCAGAAGGAGUCAGGGGAGAUGGUGGAGGUAGAGACACGGAGGAGGCGCGAUCGACGUCGAUCGCGAGGCGUGCGGUGGAGACCCACCGUGAGGAGCUGGCGGAGGAGUUGGAGGAGGUGAGGCAGCCAUUCUGGAUCACUGGUGCCACCCUCUUCUCGGACGGGAGGAAAUCACGAGAUGGAAGACCGAUCGUGAAUUUCCUUGCCGCCGGCUCGCGAGGGGUCGUCGUGUACACGAUGAUCAAUCGCGAGGGCGAGUCGGACGAUGCAGUGCACGUCCUUCGGAGAUGGGCGACCAUCUUCCACGAGUUUAGUUUUGGCGGCCCGCAGCGGGUCAAUGCGAUAUGCACAGACUCCGCAUCGGCGUACGUGGGGGCUGCGAGGGCAUUGGCCUCGCCGGGCAUCCCUCCUGCACUUAGGAGGAUCACUUGGCUUCCGUGUUCCAUCCAUGUCUACAACAAAUUGUUGUCAGACAUGGGGACGAGUUGCGACGCAUUUGUGGACGCGAUUACAUGCGCUCGUGUUCUGGUGGUGUUUUUCAAAACCCACCAGGCCGCCCUUCAUUUCUUUAGGAAGCGCAACCCCAACAAGGGGUUUGUGCUUUCUUGUGAGACGCGGUUCGCGUCUGUUUAUUCUAUGUUGGAGAGACUAUUGGCCCUGCAGGACGCUCUGCAGGCGAUGAUGCGAGGGGAUGACGGGCAGGAGUUUGCUUCUAUACCGUGGUCUGCCGAUGUGUGCGACAUGGCGCGUUGGGUGCGCCGACAGAUCAAAUGGGAGCCUUGGUGGCACACGAUGGCCACCAUACUCCACAUCAUGCAGCCCGUUAUGGAGCUGCUUAGGCGGAUGGAUCGUGGGGGGCAGUACAUGUCCCUCAUGAUCGAGUGGACACAGAAUCUUGUCCGCCAUGUCACUGAUGCAUGCGCUCCUUUGGGGAGGGUUUUCGCUGACCGUAUCAUCAGGCGUGUGCAUGCUCGCACACAGCACAUGUUGGAGCCUGCUCACUGCGCGGGGUUCUUACUGAACCCCCGCAGGCGACAUGUUGAGUAUUUUUCGAGCGAGGUAAGGGAUUACCCUCGUUGGCUUGUGAGGCAAGCCAAGAGGUACAUUUUGACGCAGACGGGUUUCAAGGAGGAUGGUAUGGAGUACAUCAUUGCAUGUCGGCAGUUUGAGGACUUCCACAUGCAGCAGGGCACAUUUGGGGAUUGGGGGGGGGGGGGGGGGCGUGCUCGUGGGCGUGCUUGUAGCGGCGACAGGGAGACGAUUGAGUGCGCGUCCUGGGCAAAGAGGGAGAUGAUGGGGGGAGAGGAGGAGUUGUGGGGACCGUUCGGGGAGGUCGCUUCCACGGGCGGCACAGGAGCGCGGGCGACGAGCCCCGCUCCGACGAGGCGGGAGUUGUCCGUGCCGCCACCUUCUGCUCCGAGUCCUGCACCGUCAUCGCCCGUCGCGCCAUAUGAGCCGACCACAGCAGCAGAGGACGCAGAGGAGUUGGCGUCCUCUUUGCCUCAGUGCGGACUACUCCACAGAGGCGGGGCAGUCCGACAGCUGAGGUUACGAUCACCUUCUCCGGGGGUCUUGCAGGAGGAGGGGGGACCGUCGGCAACAGUCGUGGAGGGGGAGAUGGCAGUGGAGGGGGGAUUGGCGGACACUACGAUUGCAAGUGUGGUGGAGCAGAUAGCGGUAGCAGCAGCGGCUUCAUUGCUAGAGGAGCUGGCAGCUUCAGUGUUGGCGGAGGAGGCACCAGCGCUAGGGGGAGCAGAUGCAGUGGAGGGGCAGGCGGGAGUAGCUGGAGGAGCAGCGGGAGGAGCAGCUGGAGGAGCAGCUGCACUGGAUGGGCUUGUGGUUGCAGCAGCAGGAGCAGCUGGAGGAGCAGAUGUAGUGGAGGGGGGAGUGCCAGGAGCAGUGGAGGAGGAGAUAGGGGCACAGGCGGAGGUGUCACGUGUGGCGAGGGGGUUGGGGAUCUCAGAUUCGCAGAUGGGGAGCCACCUGGACUUAGAUAUGUCGAUGGGCCUUCCACCUAGUUGUGACGGGGCGACAUCGACGGAUCGCGCUCCAUCGAGGGACGACGCGGCUGGAGAGAGUCACACGCAGCCCCAGAGAGAGACGACGACGGGGUCUCCGGAUGCGGCACGCGACAUCAUGGAGCGAGAGAGGGUUCGACUUAUGGCAUCGACUAACCCGCUUGCUCAGGCGUUCGCACGGGCGUUGGAGGAUGCGAGGCGUCGAGAGACAGGGGGGGAUUGUGUGGAGAGUGGGGGGGGUGGGGUGGUGGCGGGGGAGGACGUUGUGGAGAGAGUGGUAGCACAGGCGGACGCUGAGGCUGUGCAAGGUGGGCGAGAGGCAGUGGAUGUUCAUGUACAGGGCUUGCAACAGGCGGUGGAUGAGGCUGUGCAGGCAGGACGGCGGCGAGACGAGGGUGUGGGUGACGCACGAUACGAGUUGGCGAGAGAGGUUGUCCGCGAUGUGACUCGCUUGGAUCGGCGGAUCUUUGACCUGAGGCUACGGCAUCCAGUAUGGCAGGCGAUCCCUCCAGUUCCAUGGGGUCCUGCAUCGCCAGUGUGGUCUGGGUCUACCACCACCAGAGCACGUACGGCGGGAGAUGUUCCAGGGGUUUCAGGUGGCGUCGUGGAGACGGCGCCACGUACACGAGACAUGCCACCCCCUCCUCCUAGACCACAUAUAGGUGAUCCAUCACCGUCGCCCACAGGCAGAGGCUCUCGAUCUCCACACACACCUGGGAGGUCUAGGAUUCGGGACACUACAGCCAAUGUGGGGGACGUGAGUGACACAGCGUUGUUCGGGAGGACAGACAUAGAUUUGGAUUCCACCCGCCAUGUCACGGAGCACACUUCACGUCUACAGCCGGGUUUAGGACCCCGCGGCGGCAGGAUGACCGCAGCGAGGGAGGUGGCAGCAUCAGGUUGUGAGCCUCAGCGAGGUCGCGGCAGAGGAGUGUCCGCCGAUAGCUUGGAGCACGCUCUGAGAGCAGCGACGCGUGCCGUACUUGAGCAGACUCCACGCAAGCGCGUAGUGCCUCCUCGUCCAAGCCCCGUGCCUGCACAGGGAGGAGAUGCACUUGGACAGACUUCGGGGGCAGAGGGGUUGGGGAUGCCUCGUGGAUCGCGCCAUGAGCAGACGGUUGCAGAGGCUAAUGCGAGGGUUGUUGUGUUGAGGAAGGUAGGAGCCCCUAUCACCAUCGAGGAGGAUAAUCCUGAGACAGAUGUAGCAGUGUGGGAGGAGGACGAGGACUAUGAGGGCGAGGAGGAGGGAGAGGAGGAGAGCGAGAAAGGUUCCGAUGGUGACUACGACGACGCCGAGCACGAGCCCCCACCUCCCCCACCGACGCGUGCAGCCAGACAGCGCGCUGCGCAGACUUCUUCAUCAGCACGAGGGAGGAGGAGUUCGACAUCCGGCACGCGAGAGGGUACGAGGAGACAACGCGGGAAGGGGAAGAAGCGUCGUUGACUGAUGAGGCCAACACUCCU